AUGUUUCACGAUACACUUCCAAAUAUUGAUGUAAAAUACAAGCUAAAAACCAACAUCGGCUAUGGAGGCACUUCUAGUGUGUUCCUCUCCGAUCUUGAUGGUCAAAGCGUUGCACUUAAGUGAGUAAGGAAAGAUAAAGGCCUCGAGAGAGAACAAGAAAAGAAACUGGUUUUAAGGGAAGCUGAGAUUAUCAGGAAAGUCGGAUUCCACCCUAAUAUUAUCAACGUCAUUGAGUCUCACUCUGAAGGAGUUCAUGAUUAUCUUGGAGUUACUGAUCAAGUUUCAUAUAACGUCUUGGAGUACUGCCCAAAUGGGAGUUUGUUUGAUUUCAUUAAGAAAAAUGGACCUCUUGGUGAAAAUGAAGCAUGAUUCUAUUUCAAACAACUGGUUUAUACCAUAAAACACCUUCAUGACAAAAAUAUAGCUCAUUGUGACAUUAAGCCUGGAAAUAUCUUUCUUGAUGAAUACUUUAACCUGAAGCUUGGAGACUUUGGAUGAGCCUUCUCUUUACAAAGCAAGGAAUACGGCAUUACAAAAGGCUUCGGAACAAAAUCGUAUAUGGCUCCAGAAGUGUUCAAAGCUUCAAAAGGUGCUCCAUAUAGUCCUUUCAUUGCAGAUAUUUUUGCAUUGGGAUGAACUCUCUAUUUCUUGGUAACUGGGAAGAUUCCCCUCUACUCUGAAACUUGCUCUUCCUCAACUGAAGAAGAGUCUGACUACAUUUGCUCUCCUUCAAAUGUGUACAUUGGUAAUCUUGAAGACCUUGACUUGAUGGUUUAUGAUAUGAUAGAAAGGUGUACAGCAAAGAAUCCAGGAGAUAGGCCAGAUAUUAAGACUAUGACAACUCACCCAUGGUUUGAUGAUAGGGGAGACCCUGAUUACUUAAUCAAAAUAUUUGAUUACAUGAAAGCUAGGUCCUAAACUUUGGAUAGAUACUGCUUUAAUUUAAU